AUGUCCACUUCUGGGAAAAAGCCAUAUCAGUGCAAAACUUGUGACCAGUGUUUUGUAAAAAAAGGAAAUCUACAAAGACAUGAGAGAUCUCACGCUAGAGGAAAGCCAUACCAGUGCAAAAGCUGUGACAAGUGCUUUCAUAGACAAAGAGAUCUAGAGGUUCAUGAGAGAUCCCACACUGGAGAGAAGCCAUACCAGUGUAAAAGCUGUGACAAGUGGUUUAGUGAUAAAAGAAAUCUACAUAGACAUGAAAGAUCCCACACUGGAGAGAGGCCAUACCAGUGCAAAACUUGUGACAAAGGGUUUGCACAAAAGGGUGAUCUACAUAGACAUGAAAGAUCCCACACUGGAGAGAGGCCAUACCAGUGCAAAACUUGUGACAAAGGGUUUGCACAAAAGCGUGAUCUAACAGUACAUGAAAGAUCCCACACUGGAGAGAAGCCAUACCAGUGUAAAAGCUGUGACAAGUGGUUUAGUGAUAAGAGAAAUCUACGUAGACAUGAAAGAUCCCACACUGGAGAGAAGCCAUACCAGUGUAAGACAUGUGAUAAGUGGUUUACACAAAAAGAAACUCUAAAAGCACAUAUGAGAUCUCAUACUGGAGAGAAGCCAUACCAGUGUAAAAGCUGUGACAAGUGGUUUAGUCAUAGAGGAAAUCUAAAUAAACAUGAAAGAUCUCACACUGGAGAGAAGCCAUACCAGUGUAAGACAUGUGAUAAGUGGUUUAUGCAAAAAGAAACUCUAAAAGCACAUAUGAGAUCCCACACUGGAGAGAAGCCAUACCAGUGCAAAACGUGUGACAAGUGGUUUGCACAAAAUAGUCAUCUAACAGUACACGAAAGAUCCCACACUGGAGAGAGGCCAUACCAGUGCAAAACUUGUGACAAAGGGUUUGCACAAAAGGGUGCUCUACAUAGACAUGAAAGAUCCCACACUGGAGAGAGGCUAUACCAGUGCAAAACUUGUGACAAAGGGUUUGCACGAAAGGGUCAUCUAACAUCACAUGAAAGAUCCCACACUGGAGAGAAGCCAUACCAGUGUAAAAGCUGUGAUAAGUGGUUUAGUCAUAAAGGAAAUCUACAUAGACAUGAAAGAUCCCACACUGGAGAGAAGCCAUACCAGUGCAAAGCUUGUGACAAGUGGUUUACUCAGAAGAGAACACUUCAAAGGCAUGAAAAAUUGCACUCUGGACAGCAACAGCCAGAUUCCUCAGAUUGCAAUGAAGCAUUUACUUGCUGGAUUUGUCAGGAAAAACUGAGCAGUGAAUCCCAGCUUAUUAACCACUAUGAAGAACACAUGAAGUUCACUUGAUUUUAUUGUUGAUAAGUCUAUCUGAUGUAAUAUUAAGAUUUAAAGAACGUUUGAGUUUUGCAGUAAAAUGAAUAAUUUUGAUUUCUCAGAUUGAUUAUCUUAUAAAGUGGGAUGGGUGUAGUGUUUAGGCAUUUUGUUACUGUUAUAUGGAUUUAUCGGUGCAAAAAGAAUUAUGGUACUGUAACAUGGUGCUGGUGUAGAUUAAAGAAACCUGUUGAGUUUAUCUGCACCUAUCAGGGUAUUAACAGGCCAUUAUUACAACAGGUACAGCUAUUACACCUGCAGCAGGCCAAAUGCUAUAUGCUAUGCCACUUUACAAUCUGCAUCUAAUGACAAUGUCAUUUCUUUUUAAAUAGAGGUUGACUGGUUUUCUUUGUCAGUAAUGCUCUUCAGUAAGCUUACAAGCUAAUGUUUUGUUUUCUUAGCAAUGUCUUUGCUUCCUCUUUCCUUUAAUUCUUCUUUAAGCUGAGGAACUGUCAUUUUUGUAAAGUCAACUGAGCUCAAAGGCACAGCAGGGUGAGUUUGAGAUGCAACAGUACUUUAACCACUUUGCAGAUUAGAUAGAGGUGUAGCAAUUUCAGACGGUACAGUUUUUUCUUUUUCGGAAUAUGUCCUCUUCCCAGUACUCUAGUUUGUUUCUGAUAGGAUCUGGGCUCCCAUUCCCUUUUUCUUAAGUGCCAUUAGCAUGACUCUUGAUGAAGAACAUCUCUAAUAGAGUCCCACUUGUUUCCAGAAAACAGUGGACCCAUCAAUGUUCCUUUCAACUCCUUGCCCAGUAAAUGUUGUUACUACUUGGUACAUUUGAAAAAACCAUGGGAUAUAUGGGAAACCAUAAUAUGAAGGUAUUGGGUAACUCUCUUUCACUUUUAACCUUCCCUUAAUCCUUUGAGAGAAAUGAAAUCACUCACCUAUUGUUUUGCUUUCAACCAAAACUCUGUGGGGCUGGUAUUCGGUUGCCAAUUACUGAGAUUUUUACAGGGCUGCUAAGUACACCUGUAUUUUUAUGAUCUUUUCAGCAGUUUCAGGCCUCAAGAAAUCAUUCAUUUUCUCUGGAAGGUGAUACAGCAUUAUUUUCUUAUCAUUUCUUAUUAGACUUAUCCAUUCGUGAACAGAACUUUCUUUGCCAUCCGCAUUUUUCUUUCCCAGACAUCAAAAGACACUCCACAAGACCUGCUGCUGUGAAUGAACUUAUGUAGGUGUGCCUGUUUGUUGAUCAGGUUUUCAAUACUCUCCUCAAUAUCCCAAUCAUUAACUUCUGUUAUUGAAUUGGCAGUUAACACAUAUCAGUUAUUCUUAAAAGGAGGUGAAGUUCAUCAACAAUUAUAUGAUCCAAUUCAAUGUCCAGAAGGGGUUCCUUACAGCAGCCAUAAUCAUCUGUUGAUUUUUUGGACAUUUCUUUCAAUUCUUUUAAAGACCUUGAAAGUGGCUUUGAAUUGAAAUAACUAAAAUGCUGAUCUGUUUUCCAUCUAUCAUCCUUUUGGAUUUUACACCAUGCACAUGCAUAGUUAGCUGUUGCUCCAUUUAAACCUAGCAUGCGGAGAAUGAAUUUAUAAUCACCGCAAUGCAUGGUCCCUAAUUGUUCCUUUCAAGAGAGCAUCGUAAUCUAACACAAGCUGUAGGCCAGGGAAAACUUGUGAGGUUUUCUCAGAGGGUCCUCAGUGAUAAUUCUAUGCCAUUCUUUUUACAAUGGAUAGGGUAUUUCCAGGGCGAAAAUUGGUUUCGUCUCCAAAAAUUUAGCUGCAUAUCAUUAUUAAAUCUGUUUAUCAAACAAAUUUUAAACAUGUUUAAGCUUUGGUGUGAACGGGGUUUAAGCUCCGGUUUACUGAACUCAACUACUUUUGCAUAUUCAUGCUGACAGUAUUUUCUGUCAUCCGACAUUUUUUUAAAAAACCCGGGAAAAUGUAUGGUAUUCCAACUCGGAAAACAGGAGGAGAGGCUACCUAGCUAGAAGAGAAAUUUUCAAAAUGGUGGACGAAGUAAGGCUAGUGUCAGCAUGAUUGCACGAAGGUUGUUUGAGCGAGCGCAGAGCGCAUGAAAGUGACACCUGGAUGAACUCGUCUGGUUUGAGAAGAAAAUAUUAACCCUUUUUCCAGGGACGCUUGGAACCGUUAAUUCUGGUUUUAAUGGGCCGCUUUCAGUAUAGAAAUCGACUAUGGCUUUCGAACAAGAGAUUCAGAUUUAAGGACAUCAAACAUGAGCACAGAGAACUUAUGUGGAACGUUUUAAGGUAGCACGUUUAGACAAACUUAAGGGAAUUAGAGGAGAAGUAUGGGGAUUUUUCAGGAAUAGGAGGAAAUUUCAAAAGCGUUGGGAACCGUCGAUUCAUCAACUCUUUGUAAACAAUAUUGCUCAAAGGCAAAAGGAAAUAUUCUUCUUUUAAAUUGGAUUUGGCGACCUGACAAAAGUUUUAUUCAUAAGCUAUGAAAGGAAGGUUUUGACUACGGUAAGUCCAGUUUUCACUGUUUUCUCUGUAAUUUCAAACGCACCAAAUACAAUCUAAGUCCACAAAGUGACGCGAUUCGCAUGCGCGGCGGCCAUGAUGUAAUAAAUUGUUCGCCAUGAACUGUCUGGAAAUACCUUUGCUAAUGGCAAUUGUUAUGAUUAAACAUCCAUUCAUGUAGGAGUAUUCCUGUUUGAAGUAAAUUUUACACCGAAUUCUGCCCAUUUUCUCUGCCUAUUCAAACCUAAUCUAUUGGUACUGAGUUUCAAAGGUAACACCUUGUUAGAUAUGUCCUUCCUUCGGUUGAAUAAAUAGAGAAUAAUACAUGGGCGCGCGUAGAUAUGGAAUUUCUCUUCGAGUCUUUCACUCGAUAGUUCACGAGUGAGAUGUCAAGUUGAACACAAGAAGAGAAAUUCCAUAUCUACAAGCAAACAUGUAUUAUUUUGUUUAUCAUAUAAACACAAAAGCCCUCUUACUGGGAAGAAAAGCCGACUAUUUUCAAUGAAAAUAAAUAAGUCGAAAAUCCCCGAAUAAUAAUCGUAGAGUGCGUUGGCUCUAACUCUUAAGAUAGAAAAGCUGAGCUCUGAACCAUGAUUGCAAAAACAACAAUGGUCGUAAAGUCGACAGAAGACUUCUUUCAGGUAAACGGCCAAAAUCGGCCGAUGGCAAAUCUACCAGUUGUCGAUUUUCAUUCUCAGCUAAGAAAUGCUAACAUCAAAGCCUCUGGAUACGUAACUUUCGGUUUUUUCUUUUAGUAUAUUGGUUUUCUUCCCCUUCUAGGAAAGUUUGAACCUCACUGUCUGUCAGCGAUACGGAUUUUUUUAGCAUUUUAGCCGCCACAAUCCGAGAAAAUUCCGACAAACUACCAUAUAUUGAGGUAAUUUAGUGUUAACAACUGGGUUGAAAACGUAAAUUAGCCACCGUAAAGGAUAAAAAAGCUGACGUUUCGAGCGUUAGCCCUUCGUCAGAGCGAUUGCUCUGACGAAGGGCUAACGCUCGAAACGUCAGCUUUUUUAUCCUUUACGGUGGCUAAUUUACGUUUUCAACCCAGUUGUUAACACUAAAUUACCUGCUAUACUCUCCCACCGACGCAGCACCACAGUUUCUUUAGAAACUUACCCCUUUAUUCAUUUACCAUAUAUUGAGAACCGGGAAGGCUUUGCCGAUCAUUCAUCAAAUUGUCAAAGUGGCGCCAAAGGCGAGUGACGUGUCAGCUGCUGAUUGGCUAUAUCAACACACGUGAAAAAAUACGAAAUUUUUUCACGUGUGUUGUUACGGCUUUUCUCAGGCCGGAAAUCCCUGUAUAACACCGCAGUUUAUAUGAUGAAAAACUUUUUUCAGAAAUUAUGAGUAUGUAUCAAUGGAAAAGUAAGUUUGAUAUUCAUAGCAUAGAUUCUUGUUUUACAAUAAGAUGUUUUCAGUUUUUUGAGUACCCACUCAAGAUCAAGGUACUUAGGGUGCGUUCCUUUGGGAGAAGCCGGAUCUGGAUUUCUGAUCUGUGGCGUUCCUUUCGAGCAAAUCCAUUUUCAGAUCAGUGGUCUAUCAAAUCCACUCUGGACAAGAAUUCAUCGGAUCACUGAUCUUCGUGAUCUAAAGACGGAUCAUUGGAUCAUUGAUCCAACGCGUUCCUCUGAGCGAAGGAUCCGAAAUUAAUCAUUUUGCCCAGCGGCGCUCAAUUUCAAACAAGUAGGUUGUUCAUAUAUUGACCGGAAAGAUUGUUGGCAAUUGCUCCACAAAUUCUGCGAUAAACGCGAAAUAAAAUUGAUUUUGUAAUGUUAAAUCGAGCGGCCACUGAUCGCAGGCAUUUAGGGUUCCCGAGUAUCCUUAUCGUAAUUAAUACUUGCUUCUGUAAGUCAAUGGCAGGUCUCCCACCACUCCUUUGUCCAUAAGGCAGACAUAGGCAAAUAGCUAAAAGGCGUCCCAAACAGCUGACUGUAGUUCUUGACAUCUGAAAACGACUUUAAAAAUUUGAAACAAUGUAGAGUGGUUUAAUACGUUGGAAAUAAUUUUCGAUGCGGACAUGGCUCUACCUCUCCCUUAGAAAUUCUUCAUCUUGACAACUUCUCACUUCUAUUAGUAUUGAAUCAUCGGAAAGUUCCUUUACUCAGGGACCGCGCAGAGGGAGGGGCUGGGGGCUUUAGCCCCCCCCCCCCCCCACUUUUUUGCUAGAAUAAAAAUAAAUUAAACAAAGAAUAAUUUAACAAAAAAAUGUCCUUCACACAUUCUUCUUUAGCCCCCCUCCAAAACUUGCUGUGCGGUCCCUGUUACUAACGAAACAACAGCUGUUCUAUCCGCGACGGCAAUCUUGUUUUCGUUUUUAAAUUUAGCGCAUAAUUCCGCUUGCGUGCUCUACAAUUUCGCGCCUGCUGUCAUGGUGACUGAUCUGAUGAACUAAAGCUAAGUUCCUUUGAUGCAACGUGAUCUGUGUGAUCUUGGAUCACAAAAACCUAAUCCGGAUCCUCCUAAAGGAAAGCACCCUUAUUUUUCCCGUAAAGGCCAAUCUAGGCCACCUGCUCAACCGCUGACUGAAAAUCAAUCGGGAUGACUCCAGGGCCGUAAAAACCUCGGAUCAGCGGAAGGAAGGAAAACUUUCACUUGCUUUACCUUUUCAUUGCAUUAAACUUUUUACUUAUUAUGCCGAUCACUAUAGUCCGUUUCAGUAACAUAUACAAUCAUACUAGAGUAAUAAUGUCCACCCAGGAACAUAUCAACAGAAGCUCUCACAUCCCAUAUAAACCCUUGGAGACUUCCGUUGCCCGUAUUUUUUCUUCAUUUGAGAGCCUAACCAGAGGUUGCAGUGUGCUGGCUAAUCGUAGCAAAUCAAAUUAUUGUGUAACGACGCUCUGUCACACGCGAUAACGAGAAACGUUCUUCUAGUGAAGACAGUCAAACUUCUGAUUGUGAUACUCUCGCGGACGUGGUGAGAACAGAGUAUUUCGCGGGAAUUUUGAAAACUAAGACUGUUCUUAAAAUAAAAUGAUAUAUUGGCAGCGUAGGCAGGUAUGAUAAAAUAACAGCCGCAACUUUUAGCGCACUUAUCAGCGAUUUUUCACCGAAGAACUAGAAUUUCAUAGCAAAAUAUUACGCUUACUAAUCGUCCAACUGAAGUAAAAGUCGCUGUCAUGCUAUGAUGAACUUUUCAUGUUAGGUAAUUAAGCAGCCAAGAAAUGCGCUUAAAGCUUUUCGGAAACGUAAACGAGUAUAAAGUUUCGAAAUUCGAAGCGUGCUACAGGGAGUAUUUUUGUUUACAGUAUUCAGCUUUCCACGUAUUUGUUGGAGCGUGAAACAUGCAAGUUUGUGUAAACACCGUCACAUUAUCGUAUUUACGUUUCUGCACUUACAUACUACCUUUAAUCAAGAUUUAUUUUCUGCCAAAUCCUGUUCAAUGUCGUUUGCAAAGCCUUCUUACACGUUCAAAUUAAAGUCGGUACUGUACAGUACGGAUUUCCCAUGGAGAAGCGCGACAGUUUGUCUCGACAAAGUUUUAUAUUUCACGCUUGAACAAACACCGAAAAUUGAGCCGUUUGCAACGUUUUCUUAGAAAAGGAAUUGCUGCCACAAAACAUGUUGAUCAAAAUAAAGAUUCUGAUGCUGAAAUUAUUUUAAGCAAUUUAAGGUAAUUAUUCCUUUCAGUACUGUUAAUAAAUCAUGUUGAGUGUUGAAGACAUGUGCUGACUGCUCAUUUAUUAUUGACAGUUAGGAAAACAAUGAGCCUUGACAAAAGCCUACAAAUUCACGCUAAAAGCUGAAGAAUUAUUUUCAACCCUGAAAGUUAUGGCUUUACUUCGAGUGAAAGACCAAUAACUUGAAGAUUAAAAACAGGUAAAAUUAUACAGUUAGGAAACGUUUAUACUCAUUGAGAGGAUUGGAUGUAGGAGUGUUGAUGAAAGAAGGUAAUUUUUUUUAUUUUUAUGGCUAAUACCUCAUAUAGGAGGCGAAGCCACACAUGUCGUUGAAAUGAGUCAGUGAGUUAGUAGUUUCCUGGUGCUACUGAUUGUUUAUUUCAGAGCACAGAGCAAGAAGGCGAUAAACAUCUUAAAAUCAUCUCCGUAUGGUGCGUAAAAAAUCUAAGCUUUUCCUUGCAGAAAUAUCUUAAAAGGUGUGAUUGGGGCACAUAGAGGAAUUUACUUUCUAUCAAGAGAAAGCAUUUUAAUGGUUGGAUUAGGGAAUUAUGCCCAGUAGAUUGGAAAGUAAAGGUUUUUUUUAGUCCUUGCCGUGACACCACACAUGAUGAUAAAAUCUCUCAAAAUAAUUUUACACUGGUGUCUCAGGCACAUAUUUGAUAACAAGACUGUUCAUGGCAUAAAUAUCUGGAAAGUUGAUCUCUUAGUCAUACAAGCUCUGAAGACUAAUUUUAUUUAUUUGAAGAGGGAGCAUUUUACCAUUUCUAUCAGCAAUUUAUACCCAAAAGAGCUGCCAAAUUUGAGAAGGGAAGCGAUGUCUUAACUAAGAUACCUUGAGUUUAGCAUGUGGAAAAGGGAAAAUUAAUUUUAAUCAACAGAAUAAAAACAAAAGGAGCAUAGUUUAAUCAUUAUUUGGGCCUAGAGGAUAGACUGAUAGAGGAACAGUGAGUUUUUUGAGCUAGCAGAUAUAAAUUAUCGUAACUAUUACUGUUGUUAACAUUAUUAUGUUUAAUAUUGUUCAUAUUAUUGUUGCCAUUCAACUCACCAUCCAAUUUCUUUGAUUAUUCAAACUUAAGACAUUGCUUCUGAAACCCUCUCAAAUAUGUGCAUCUGGUUGAGUAAAUCUCUUUUUUGUUUGCUUACAUUUUAGAACACUUUGCAUGGCAAAAAAAAAAUGUCCACUUCUGGGAAAAAGCCAUAUCAGUGCAAAACUUGUGACCAGUGUUUUGUAAAAAAAGGAAAUCUACAAAGACAUGAGAAAUCUCACACUAGAGGAAAGCCAUACCAGUGCAAAACCUGUGACAAGUGCUUUCAUAGACAAAGAUAUCUAGAGGUUCAUGAGAGAUCCCACACUAGAGAGAAGCCAUACCAGUGUAAAAGCUGUGACAAGUGGUUUAGUGAUAAAAGAAAUCUACAUAGACAUGAAAGAUCCCACACUGGAGAGAGGCCAUACCAGUGCGAAACUUGUGACAAAAGGUUUGCACAAAAGGGUGAUCUACAUAGACAUGAAAGAUCCCACACUGGAGAGAGGCCAUACCAGUGCAAAACUUGUGACAAAGGGUUUGCACAAAAGCAUGAUCUAACAGUACAUGAAAGAUCCCACACUGGAGAGAAGCCAUACCAGUGUAAAAGCUGUGACAAGUGGUUUAGUGAUAAAAGAAAUCUACAUAGACAUGAAAGAUCCCACACUGGAGAGAAGCCAUACCAGUGUAAGACAUGUGAUAAGUGGUUUACACAAAAAGAAACUCUAAAAACACAUAUGAGAUCUCAUACUGGAGAGAAGCCAUACCAGUGUAAAAGCUGUGACAAGUGGUUUAGUCAUAGAGGAAAUCUAAAUAGACAUGAAAGAUCUCACACUGGAGAGAAGCCAUACCAGUGUAAGACAUGUGAUAAGUGGUUUACACAAAAAGAAACUCUAAAAGUACAUAUGAGAUCCCACACUGGAGAGAAGCCAUACCAGUGCAAAACUUGUGACAAGUGUUUUGCACGAAAGGGUGAUCUAACAGUACAUGAAAGAUUCCACACUAGAGAGAAGCCAUACCAGUGCAAAACUUGUGACAAGUGGUUUGCACAAAAAAGUCAUCUAACAGUACACAAAAGAUCCCACACUGGAGAGAGGCCAUACCAGUGCAAAACUUGUGACAAGGGGUUUGCACAAAAGGGUGAUCUACAUAGACAUGAAAGAUCCCACACUGGAGAGAGGCCAUACCAGUGCAAAACUCGUGACAAAGGGUUUGCACAAAAGGGUGAUCUAACAGUACAUGAAAGAUCCCACACUGGAGAGAAGCCAUACCAGUGCAAAAGCUGUGACAAGUGGUUUAGUGAUAGAAGAAAUCUACAUAGACAUGAAAGAUCCCACACUGGAGAGAGGCCAUACCAGUGCAAAACUUGUGACAAAGGGUUUGCACGAAAGCAUGAUCUAACAGUACAUGAAAGAUCCCACACUGGAGAGAAGCCAUACCAGUGUAAAAGCUGUGACAAGUGGUUUAGUCAUAAAGGAAAUCUACAUAGACAUGAAAGAUCCCACACUGGAGAGAAGCCAUACCAGUGCAAAGCUUGUGACAAGUGGUUUACUCAGAAGGGAACACUUCAAAGGCAUGAAAAAUUGCACUCUGGACAGCAGCCAUAUUCCUCAGAUUACGAUGAAGCAUUUACUUGCUGGAUUUGUCAGGAGGAACUGAGAAGUGCAUCCCAGCUCAUUAACCACUAUGAAGAACACAUGAAGUUCCCUUGA